GAAUGUAUGAGCGCAUGUCUGUUCUCCCGGAUGAUGUCCAUUACAUCUGUAAGAUUUGUUCCCCGCGAGGCCCUCGACACUGGGAGGUGGUCCUAAAGGACUCGUUCCUAGACGGUCUGAAGUCUGUCUUUAACACAGUCACUCAGGCCAAGUGUGCACAAGCAUCGGCUGCAUAUCGAUGAAAAGAAAAUAAAGGAGCUAGAGGAGAAACUGAAUGAGCAGAAAUAUGGAGAUGCACUGAAAACAACAAUGGAACUGGAGAAAAGUCUCGAAAACUUUGUGACCUCAUUAGAAAAAGUUCUCAAAAGUAAAAACAAGUCAGCUGUGGAGCAGCAACAGGAAGGAAACAGCUCAGAAAAGGUAACCUCUGUUGUGGAUCUAGUGGGUGACGGUGAAAAGCAGGUGGAGGAAAAAGCCAAGGAUGAUAAAGACGACGAAGGAAACAACCAGUGCGCAAUUAUUCAAGACAAAAUGUCUAUUGCUGUACCAUUCAAGCCUCCUUCCUUUUUGACGAAUCCCAAUAAGACGCAAUGUCAAGAACAAAAUAAAGGACAAGAAAUGCUGAGAUGUGGAAAUUCGGAUUUGUUCAUAAAACCAGAGUGUGUCUGUUCUUUCUACAACGUGUAUGAGGCAACCUUGUAUCACAAGUACUCCUCUUGUCCUCGGGGAGAGGGGUCAGAUGUUAUCACGCAAUUAAAAUGUCCAGAUUGCCAAAAAUACAGCUUGAAUAACAACGGACCCUGUAUCAACGGAGGAAAGCUGACAUGCAAAGGGGAUGAAGUGGCUCCCUAUAUCACGUGUGAAUGUCCACCCAACUACCAGGGCAAGUUCUGUGAGGAAAAAAUAGAAAAUGUGACAAGACUUUGUGAUAAAAUUUCAGCUUCAUCAGCAAUUAGAUUGACUAACUGUGAUUCAACAAAACAUGAAUGUGUAACAUACAGCAGGACAAGGAAGUACGUUUACAGGUGUAGGGAGACCGAGACAUCACAGGAUAGACAGGGAUUACCUUUGUGUAUUGAUACGGAGGACAUUACAGUUAGCCCUGAGGUGAGAACUAGUACUAGAACUAGUAAUACUACUACAACAACAACAACAGAAUCCAGUCAAAGGAAUUAUUACAUCUCGGAGUCCGCAGUCCAGUCAACUACACCUACUCCAGCUGUGAUACUGGUUUUAGUGGUGUUAAAGUUAUGGUUUAUAAAUUAGCUUUACAGCGUCAUUUCAGUAAUAAUAUAGUUCAAUAUCACAAAAAAAAUUAAUCUAAAAAAAUUAACAUGUAAGAAAUGUAAGUGGGAGAAAAAGAGAUAAUGAAUCUUCGUUAUCUACGUAUCAUGAAACCGUUUGACAAAAUGAUUAUUAAUGAAUAUACUAGUAUACUAUUACUAUUUAAUGAGUAUGUGUGUAUUAUUUCAUGUGUACGUGUGUACUAUUUAAUGAGUAUGUGUGUAUUGUGUAAGUGUGAACUAUUUGACUGUAUUCCAUUUAAUGUGUAUGUUUGUACCAUUUAAUAACCCGUGACGAAACCUCAAAACAAGAAAUCAGUGUUUGAAGCAUGUACUUUUUAUCAAUGGCAACAUUUUGAGAUAUACAUUUUUUUAAGUAUAAUUUAACAAUAAAAAAAACUUCCAUGUCAUGGUUUUUUAAUCAAAUAUGAAACAUGUAAAGGUUCCUGCUAGAUUUCCCCAAAUUUUCUAUACGCCAAACGAAUUAGGUGAUUCUUGACGGGGUUUAUCCAUUUCUUUCAGCGAGGUAUAUAGACCGCAAAAUUGUAUUAAUAAACAGACAUUUAACAUGCCUUAAGAUCGCCAAGGACUAUUUUUAUGAAUCGCGCGCACUUAGUAACAUUGUUUGUCAAAAAAACCACCCUCAUUGUUAAUUCAUAAAAAGUAUGUUUUUGGCAUAAUACAAUAUAGAUUUCACACUUUUGUUAUAAAACAGCAUAAAAGAGGUUUGCUCCUCUCUUUUUGUGUAACUAUUUUCUGUCACCUCUUAUCUAAACAUUUUGCAUCAAUUAUUAACUCUAUUUGAAUAUUUAUAUUUAACAAUACCAAAUAAACCAUAUUUAAUCAAAAAAAAAUUGUUAAAAGAAAAUUAUAUAUUUACAGAGUUUAGUAAGGGACUAUAUUUUGUGGUGGAAGGUUUUCAAGAAGAAAAUGAAUUAAAAUUGUUAUAAAUUACUCAAUAGUUUUUGAGUACUGUUACUUUAUCCUUCUAAUUUUCGGCGCAGACUAAAUUCCAGAUCAUAUGUGAAUUACAAUAUAUUCAGGCUGUUCUGAAAAACAUUUUUGAACAAUAUUUUGAUAUUUCUAUCGAUAUAUUUGGCAUAUUUAGCUUAUAAUUCAUAAAAGUCGAGAAAAAAGUAACUCAAAUUUUUGCCUAAACUUAUCUUAUUUCAUGUCACUAGACUUUGACCCGUGCGUGCACGGCCAUUGCAUAUCGGACAUUUUCGAAAUAGGUACAUCGACACACCUUAUUAAUGACAUUUACAUAACAAAGCUAUAAGCCUACAAUAAUGCUAUUAAUUUCCUACAUUUUCCUUAGUUUGAAUAAUCUAACUGUGUCUCGGGAAAGGCCUUCACCCGGACCAGAGACAUAAAUUAUGUCUCUGCCCGGGCCUCGCCACAGUUAGAAUGCCUCCCUUAUACCCGUAAUGUAGCAGAACAUUGCAAAAUCGCUCCGGAACGAUUUUGAAGAAAGUUAAUGAAGUUGCCUUGAAAAUAACAGUCAAAUUCAUCACAACAAACCUUUUUGAGGCUGCAAAUACCUUUCAACUAAAAAUUUUCAUCCAAAGAAUUCAACACCUUUUCACCAACGUACACGUAUUUUCUUUGUAAAACUGGGUCCGUAUGAUAUGAUUCAUUUUUACGAUAAAACAUAUUCUAUCUUCACUCUCCUAACAAAUAUAAUGUAACUUUUUUGUAUGUAAUCAAAUAUUUUUUGUCAGCACGAAGACAAAAGUAAGUACUUAGUUGAAAUGUAUAUUUGUUAUUUUAUACUUUCUCUCAUAAGAAAUCAUUUAUACAUGUAUAUGAACAGAAUAUAUAGCAAAAGUCCAAUGAAAAUUUACCCGUAUUUGUAUUAUCAUUUCUGAUUUUAUUCAUUGUGGAAACAUAAACUAAAGAUCCCGUUAGCGUGAAUGUAUUGCGCAAGCGCAAGAUUGUAAAAUCCAAAAAUUCCAGGUGAUUUCCGGGAUUUUUUGAGGAAUUUUCAUUGAUUAUUAAUUAGCGAAGCUUAACUGAGAAAAAAUAAAAACAAAUUGGUAAUCUUCAAGUACCAAUGAUGUUUAAAAUAUAUAAAACAAAAGACAGUAUUCUUCCGAUUUCUCGGUAUUAAAGACCAAAAAUUUGAGUCUAUUAUUUUAAUAUAGAUAGUAUAGAUAUCUCAAUUUUUGAGAUGUGACCCCUAUUUAUUUUACUUUUAUAUGAAACAUUAAUGUAUGUUGAUUUGUAUGCAAAGUUUCGGAAAAAUGACAUUACUUUUCUUUUGUUUAUCUGCGUUAUAAUUUGAUUACUUCAAAAUUUUGUAACAAUCUUUACAUUUGCUGUUGUAUUCAUUAUGUACCGGCAUUUGGAGCCAUCAGUAAAGCAAGGUUAUUUAAACCUUGACUUUAUUUUACUUUUAUAGUAACUACGUGUGUUCAACUUCAUACUAUAUUGAAAUCAUAACUGAAUAAUAAUUCAAAUUACAGAUAUUUGUUUGAUUUCAUCAUGCAAUUAAUCAAUUUCCAUGCCAAAUUUAAGCAAUAAUUUCAAGACAAUUAUCAUUUCUUUUUGGGUCCCCAUAUUUCCAAAAAAUUGCAUGUGACAUAAGUCACAAAUAAAAUAAAUGAACAACUUAGGUCCUCGUGUUUAUAUCCAAAAUGUUAUUGGAUGAUAGACAUUACUAGUAUUUCAGGUGCCAACCUCCUUAAAUUAACGCGUAAGUUUUACAGCAUUUUAUUUGGUUUGCUUCACACAAGCAUUAAAAACUAAUUUAGGUGUUCACAUAUUUUAUCUUUCAUAUAUGGUUCUUUUAUUAUUUUAGCAUAUUCAUUCGUUUAAACGAUGAGAAGUAGAAAUUUGUAGAGGCAUGGUGUUCAUUAGCAUACAAAACAAAACAUUUCUACAAUUCUUUGAUAAACAAUAACCAACCUGUUUAUUUAAAACUUGAAGAGGCAACUUGAUUCUGUAGAUGAAAGUUUCUCGUUCUCGUGAAGUUGCCUUUUUCAAGGAACUAUUUUCAAACUGUGUUCAGAAUUCAUCCACUCCUUUACACAUUUUUAGUGUUUUGUGUUGAGGUGGGACCCGACUUGAACAAACUUGCUGUGCCCCGAAUCCGAAACUGGUACAUGAUUUUGUAAUUCAUUGUUUUAAGGAUAAAAAUUGAUCUCAAAUCAUGCAUGGUGUCAAGCUCCAUCUGUGUUACAUCUAUGUUAUUUUGUUCACUCUGCGUAAGGGAGAUAGAUCCUCAAGAUAUUUUUAACAACUGGGAUGCAACUUCAUUUUGUGAUUUAUGUAACUUCAAUUUCAAUUGGAUACACUUAAUUAUACCCCUCAUCAGGCCAUCCUUAUAGAAUUUGAAGAGAAUUACUUAACAAUGAUGACUGGCGCAUCUUAGAUAAUUUACAGCAAGAGUAAUAAACGUAUAAAUUCAUUACUUAGAAUAGGACAGUUGUGCUGGGGUUACCACAUAAAAAAUAGCAAUAUCUCAUUCUACACAUUCUAACAUUGACUAAUAUUUCAAUAUCUUAGGCCAUUCAAACAUAAAUAUCAGUAUUUGUAUAUUCUAAGUUCAUUUUGAUUGAUCAAUUACCGAUGUGAUACUCAGAGUUCACAGCUCUAUGUUAUGUUAAGGAGGCUGGGUGGUCAACAAAUUUACCGUCAGAUCUACUUUAAACUUUAUAUAUAAUAUUUUAUAUAAUAUUUUAUUAUCAUUCUUUUGAGUACAUGUAAUAGUAUAUUGUUAGAUGGUUUGUCGUUGUGUUCUUUUUUGUUUUAAAUAAGCAAUGAUUUGUGAACACGUUCAUUUAAUCAGUUUAAAAAAAACAUUUUUAACUUGAAAUAAUAUCUUUAUGUUACGCUAUUGUCAAAGAAAGAUAACCCAGCAGACUUGCCAGUCCAUGGUCCAACAGUGGGGUGCCUACAAGGUGUCAAGAGAAUUGGUAUAUAUACUUAGAGAAUAUA